AAAAAAUACAGAAAGAGAGGGAGAGAGUUUGAGGGAGAAAAGAGACCCAAAUAAAAGAAGAAGGCCAGUAGAGAGGAGGAAGCUUGGUCUUCCCCGGAGUUGGGAGGAGAGGACGAACCACCAAUGUGGAAGCUUAAGAUCGCCGAGGGCGGAGCCAAUCCAUGGCUACGCUCUCUCAACAACCACGUCGGCAGGCAGUUCUGGGAGUUCGAUCCCUCCCUCGGCGAUUCCCAAGACCUCGAGGCCAUCGAAACUGCUCGCCAAGUCUUCCACGCCGAUCGCUUUCACAAGAAGCACAGCUCCGAUCUACUCAUGCGCAUUCAGCUUUCGAAGGAGAAUCCGCGCGCGCAAGAGAUGCCUCCACAGGUCAAAGUGAAAGACACCGAAGAGGUUACUGAUGAGAUGGUGGCUGACACCUUGGUUAGGUCUUUGAAUUUCUAUUCCACCAUACAAGCUCACGAUGGCCAUUGGCCUGGUGACUAUGGCGGUCCUAUGUUUCUUUUGCCUGGUUUGAUAAUUGCUUUGUCUAUCACUGGUGCACUUAAUGCCGUCUUAUCCGAAGAGCAUAAGAAAGAGAUGUGCCGUUACCUGUACAAUCAUCAGAACAAGGAUGGUGGUUGGGGUUUGCACAUUGAAGGGUCAAGCACUAUGUUUGGUUCCGUUUUGAGCUAUGUUACUUUGAGAUUGCUUGGUGAAGAACCUAAUGAUGGACAAGGGGCGAUGGAGAGUGGGCAUAAAUGGAUUCUGGACCAUGGUGGUGCUACUGCAAUUACAUCAUGGGGGAAAAUGUGGUUAUCAGUACUUGGUGUCUUUGAAUGGUCUGGCAAUAAUCCCCUGCCUCCAGAGAUAUGGCUUCUUCCGUACAUCCUUCCUAUUCAUCCAGGAAGAAUGUGGUGUCACUGUCGGAUGGUAUACUUACCAAUGUCUUUCUUAUAUGGGAAGAGGUUUGUUGGUCCAAUCACACCAACAGUUUUGUCUCUGAGGAAGGAGCUCUUCACUGUUCCCUAUCAUGAAAUAGAUUGGAACGAGGCGCGAAAUUUAUGUGCAAAGGAAGAUUUGUAUUACCCACAUCCACUAGUUCAAGAUAUCCUCUGGGCGACUCUUCACAAGGCUGUUGAACCAGUUCUGAUGAAUUGGCCAGGAAAAAAAUUGAGAGAAAAGUCUCUCCGCUCAGCAAUGGAGCAUAUACACUAUGAAGAUGAGAACACUCGUUAUAUUUGCAUUGGACCUGUGAAUAAGGUAUUAAACAUGCUUUGCUGUUGGGUUGAAGAUCCAAAUUCAGAGGCUUUCAAGUUGCACCUUCCAAGAAUCAAUGAUUAUCUAUGGAUUGCUGAAGAUGGCAUGAAAAUGCAGGGGUAUAAUGGAAGUCAAUUAUGGGACACUAGUUUUGCUGCUCAGGCAAUUAUGUCAACCGAUCUUGUCAAAGAAUACAGCACAACUUUAAGAAAGGCACAUGAGUUCAUUAAAACCUCACAGGUUUUAGAAGACUGCCCAGGUGAUCUUGAUAAUUGGUAUCGCCACAUUUCAAAGGGUGCUUGGCCUUUCUCCACUCGUGAUCAUGGUUGGCCCAUCUCGGAUUGUACAGCAGAAGGAUUAAAAGCUACUCUUCUAUUAUCAAAACUUCCCUCAGAUAUUGUUGGUGAACCAUUAGAGCCAAAUCGUAUAUAUGAUGCUGUCAAUGUCAUUCUCUCAUUACAGAAUGGAGAUGGUGGCUUUGCAACAUAUGAACUCACUAGAUCCUACCAUUGGUUGGAGCUGAUCAACCCUGCUGAAACCUUUGGUGACAUUGUCAUUGAUUAUCCAUAUGUGGAAUGCACCUCGGCUGCUAUUCAAGCUCUGACAUCAUUUAGAAAGUUGUACCCUGGUCACCGACAAGAAGAAAUAGAGCAUUGUAUCAAGAAAGCGACUGCAUACAUUGAAAAGAUUCAAGCUUCAGAUGGUUCAUGGUAUGGUUCAUGGGGUGUUUGUUUUACUUACGCUACAUGGUUUGGGGUCAAAGGGCUGGUGGCUGCUGGAAAGAACUACAGUAAUUGCUCUGGCGUUCGCAAAGCGUGCAACUUUUUGCUAUCGAAACAGGUUGAGUCUGGUGGGUGGGGAGAGAGCUAUUUGUCAUGCCAAGACAAGGUCUACUCAAAUCUUGAGGGAAAUAGGUCACAUUUGGUCAACACUGGAUGGGCUAUGAUGGCUCUCAUUGAUGCUGGGCAGGCUGAGAGAGACGCUGCACCCUUGCACCGUGCAGCUAGAUAUUUGAUAAACUCUCAAAUGGAGAACGGAGAUUUUCCUCAACAGGAAAUAAUGGGUGUGUUCAAUAGGAAUUGUAUGAUCACUUAUGCGGCAUACAGAAACAUAUUCCCUAUAUGGGCUUUGGGAGAAUACCGCUGUCGGGUGUUGAAACAGGCUCCAUCAUGAGCUUGCUCUAUGACCUCAUUUGGUGGUUCCUUUCCUUUAUUCAAAUCUCACUAGUUUCUUAUUUCUCCAUGUUAUCAUGUUUCUUAUUUUCUUUUUCUUGCCCAAAUAUCAUUUUGUACCUUUGGCAAGCCUAAUAAGCAGUCAAUAUAAUAACAGAUCUAUGACUUAAAACACAUAAAAAGAAGGGUUUACCCCUAAUAAUGGAGUCAUUUUACACUUUGUUAA